AUGGGGCGGCCAGGGGCGGGCACGGCGGGGGCGGGGUCGGCUCGGCGACUAUUUGUGGCCGCGCCGGCGGCGGCGGGGACACAGCGGCGGCGACAAGGCAGACAAGCCAAGGACGGGCUGCUCGUCCUCGCCCCGAGCCCGCUGCCCUUCUCCCUGCCGUUGCUGCGAGGGGCCACCUGCAGCUCGGGGAUGCUGAAGAUGACAACCUACUUCCCAGGCCACCCUGGCCAGCAGCUGCCACCGGGUGCCCUCAACCUCCCCAAGGACCUGGGCACGGCCCUGGAAGCUGAGGUGGUGCCCGGGCAGGACAAGGAUGAAGCUUCGCGGAAGGAGAAGAAGGCCAAAGGCCUGUCCACCAUCUUCAGUGUAUUCAGCAAAGGGCGGAAGAAGAAGGGGCAGCCCAGCACGGCGGAGCCCGAAGGAGUGGCGGAGGCCCCGGCCAGCCGAAUGCCCACGGUGGAGGAGCUGAAGGCCGCGCUGGAGCGGGGACAGCUGGAGGCGGCGGGGCCGCUGCUGGCGCUGGAGCGGGAGCUGCGGGCCGUGGCGGCGGCGGGCGGCGCGAGCGCCGAGGACCUGGUGCGGAGCCAGAGCAAGGUGGAGGCGCUGUACGUGCUGCUGCGGGACCAGGUGCUGGGCCUACUGCGGCGGCCCCUGGACGUGGCGCCCGCGCGGCUGCGCCAGGCCCUGGCCGUGCUGGCCGAGCAGGAGCGCGAGGACCGGGGCGCGGAGGCGACGCCCGGGCCCCCCGCGCUCGAGGCCACGCGGCCGCGGGGCUGGCUGCGCCUGUGGCGGCGCGACGUGGCGCGGGAGGCCGAGGAGCGGCUGGGCCAGGCGCCGGCGGCCGACGCGCAGGCGGCCAGCGCGGGCAGCUCGGAGGUCGAGCGCGUCUUCCUGCACAUGGGCCGCACCACCAAGGACGCCCUGGAGGCCGCCGUGGCGCGGCUCCAGCCGCUCUUCCCCGCCGAGUUCCAGGUGGUGGCCGUCUACGCCGAGAGCUACCACCAGCACUUCGCGGCCCACGUGGCCGCCAUGGCCCAGUUCGAGCUGUGCGAGCGCGACGUCUACACGCUGCUGUGCUGGGUGCGGAACUUCUACCCCAAUGACAUCAUCAACAGCCCCACGCUGGCAAAUGAACUGCAGGGGCUGAAGCUGGGGAGCCUCCUGCCCCCCAAGCAGGUCCAGACGCUGGAAGCCACGUUCCUGGCCAACGAGGUGGCCAAUGUGAGGGUGCUGAUGGGCCGAGCCCUGGAGGUGGAAUCCCCUCGCUGGACCCAGGACAUGGACCCCCCGUGGCUGGACGGCCACCGCCACAGUGAGCUGACCAUUGACAUCAUGCAGAUCCUCUCCCAGAGCCACGCCAAAGCCAAGAGCAUCAGCCCGGAUCUGAGCUCGCAGAUCAAGCCCUUGCUGCUGUCGGAGAUGAAUACGUUCCUGCGGAGCUACAAGCGCACCUUUGAUGAGUUUCUGGAGAGCUGCAAACAGCUGAGAAAUUACAGGGCCAACGUCAUGGCCAACAUCAACAACUGCCAGCUGUUCCGCACAGCCUUGGAGCAGAAGUGGCAGACCCAGCAGGACCUCCAGAACCUCCUCCUGGGCCCCCUGGCCGAACUCAAGAGCCACGGCUUUGACGUGCUGCUCCAGAACCUCUUUGGGGACCUGCAGCCACAGUUCAAGAGACUCUUGCAGAGCCGCAAGCCCGUGUCCACAGAGACCGUGGAGGAAAUCGUGUCCACAGUGGGUGCGGCGCUGCCCGAGUUCUCCGCGCUGCUCGCCAGUCUCCGGGAGGAGCUGCUGGAGCUGGUCCACCUGCACCUGGUGAAGGAGUUCAUCCUCUGCCUCACCAAGCGACGCCUGGUCCUCAAGACGGCGGAGCAGCAGCUGGACCUGGCCGCCCAGAUCCAGGCCAGCGCCAACCUCAUCCAGACCUUCUGCACCCAGAACGGAUCGCCCGCCACGUGGCUGCAGCAGGCCCUCCCCACGCUCGCCGAGAUCAUUCGCUUGCAGGACCCUAAUGCCAUCAAGAUCGCCGUGGCCACUUAUGCCACCUGGUAUCCCGACUUCAGCAAAGGCCACCUGAAUGCCAUCUUGGCCAUCAAGGGGAACCUUUCCAGCAGCGAUGUCAAGAGUAUCCGGAGCAUCCUGGACGUGAGCGUGGGGGCACAGGAGCCCUCCAAGCCCCUGUUCUCGCUUAUAAAGGUCAGCUAGUCCCGGGCCUGCUGCCCCAGCUUGGACUGCUUCACCUCACGUCUGUCGGGCUCCUACCUCCAGCCUCCGUCUCCACCCGGCUGGCACCAGAUGCAGCCCAUGGGGGGCCCGCAGGCCCUCCCGAGAAGCCCUUUGGAGAAGACUGUGUGCUGAGGUGCGGGCUGGGCAGGGAGUCUGGCUGUGGCCCCCUACUCGGGGCCUAUCUCCUCUGGGGCCGAGUGGUCUGGCCAGAGCUGAAGAGAAAGAAGGAGCGUGAGGUCACUGGCAACGUCAGAGGGAGCCCCGAUUGCCUCGUGGCCCCAACUCAGACCCUGAAGAAUCCUGUCUGCAUUCCCCAGCUCGCCCUCCCUGCUGGACAUGGGGUUUGGGGGGUAAGGGGCAAAGCUUGACCGCUGACCCCAAUCUGGGUCUGCUGUGGGACUGGUCACUACUGUCACGGUUUCAGACGGGGCCAGUGCUUGGGGCAGUGCAGACAGUCCAGCGCAAACCCACGCCUCACCGGCUGAGGCCCUUCUAGAAAGUUCCAGGGGCUAACUCCUCACCUUCAGAGGUCAGAGGUCUCCCUGUUCCAGUCUUGGGAACCUCUGACCUUGAAGCAGGUGGUAGCAGGGACCCACAUCCAGCUUUUCGUGCCCGCCUCCCUGGACAGAGCACCCCGACGCUGGGCUCCCUUGUGGAACCCCAGGGUGCCAGCUGUCUGUGUUUCGGGCUGGGGACAUGGGGCCCUUCUGGACUGCCUACCAGGGGGGAGGGGGUGCCACACCUCUGCGUGUCAGGAGAAGGUCCUCCUGGGAAGCCUGUACAGGCGCAGCUUCUGGGCGCCCUGGCUGGGUCGGCGUCAAGCUGGGCCCUGGGGCCCUUCGAGGAUCUGGGUCGGUGUCUG